CGCCCGGAAGCGGGGCGCCCGCCACUAUGGCUACUCGUGGCGUUGUUGGCGUUUUCCUCCUUGCUGCUCUCCCGCUCUUGUGUUUGGAGCUCCAACGUGGGAUUCCAGAUCUGGGAAUCAAAGAUCUAAUUUUGCUGUGUGGCCGGAUUUUCUUACUGCUUACUCUCCUUACAUUAAUUAUUUCUGUGACUACCUCAUGGGUUAACUCGUUUAAAUCUUCCCAAGUUUAUCUGAAAGAAGAAGAAGAGAAGAAUGAGAAAAGGCAAAAACUUGUGAGGAAAAAACAGCAAGAGGCACAGGGUGAAAAGGCCAGCAGAUACAUAGAGAAUGUUCUAAAACCACAACAGGAAAUGAAAUUGAAAAAGCUGGAAGAACGCUUUUAUCAUAUGACGGGUGAAACCUGGAAGUUAAGCAAUGGUCAUAAACUUGGGGGUGAUGAAGAUUCGGUGCUUGGAAGGGAGAGUCAAACAUCUUCUGAAACAUCAAACAGAGAAGCAGCAAAGAGACGGAAUUUGCCUAAGCCUGUAACCAAAGUUUCACCACCCGCUGAGCAGCCCACGCAGAAGGAGGUUCUUGAUUUACCUGAAGAACCUCCUGAAAUAGCUGAAGAAGUCGUGACUGUUGCUCUUCGAUGUCCAAGUGGGCGUGUCCUGAGGAGAAGGUUUUUUAAGUCUUGCAGUUCACAGGUCUUGUUUGACUGGAUGAUGAAAAUUGGGUACCACACAUCCCUAUACAGCCUUUGCACUUCCUUUCCCAGAAGGGCUCUGGGAGUGGAGAGAGGCUGGUCACUGCAGGACAUAGGAAUAACUGUGGAUACUGUACUCAACGUGGAAGAGAAAGAACAGAGCAGCUAGUUAAGAAACGCGAACUACCUGUUCUACAUUAAAUCAGUUAUGCCGUGACCUUACGGGACAAUAAAGGAUUCACAUUAAAAUCAUGCCAUACCUUGAUUGCACUCAAGGCAGUAAACACUUUAAUGUUGAUCUCCAUGGAAGUAUAUGGACAUAAAGGAUUGGAAAAGGAUUGCUCUCCGCAUGUAAUGAUUUUUGGAGUGUGCCAUCUUACAGUGUGCCAAAUGAGAACGAGAUAGACAUGUACACAGUAAGGUGCUCAUUCAUUUGUAUGUUUGCUAGCUGAUGCCAUUUAUCAGUUUCUGCCUCUUCAGUUGGUUUUGCCACAUUGAACAUUUCACAGUUCAGCCAAGCUCUUUAAAGUCUUAGCAGCAGGAAUGUUUUUUCUGCUGUAAUUCUAGAAAUUAAACUUUGAAGACGUGUCAAAGCUCUUUUAAGGCUUUAAAGUUCUUUUUGAUAGUAAACAUUGUAUGUACUAAUGUUAACUAAUGUUUGAGAUUUAUUUCAUUUUGUCUUGCACUGAAGUGUAACAUUUACAACAUUCCAGGUGGAUCAGUAUUUUUAAAGAUAAAACAAUGAAACCAGUGUAGGGGAGUUUUUAAAAUAUAUCUGGUCAUUUCAUUUCCCUGCUUAUACUCCUGUAAUGGUGCAUCCACGCACUGUAAUGCCAAGUCCAAACUCCAAGGCUGGUAUAAAGGCCCUUUGUUGUAGCCACGCCCUUUCUCUUUCCCAUCUGUCUUAAGGAGUCAGUUUAAGUUGGCUCCUCUGUGUAUUGCCCUUUUUUUUUUUUUUUUUCCCUGCGGUACGCGGGCCUCUCACUGCUGUGGCCUCUCCUGUUGUGGAGCACAGGCUCCGGACGCGCAGGCUCAGUGGCCAUGGCUCACGGGCCCAGCUGCUCUGCGGCAUGUGGGAUCUUCCCGGACCAGGGCAUGAACCCAUGUCCCCUGCAUCGGCAGGCGGACUCUCAACCACUGCGCCACCAGGGAAGCCCUAUUGCCCUUUAUUUAAUGCUCCUUUAUUCCUCUUCUGUAGAAUUUAUUACGUGUAUUAUAGCUGUGUUUUUGUCUUCCCAAAUACAUAAUUCCUUAAAAGCAAGGAUUAUAUCCUUUUUUCCACUUCAGAAAUACCUAGUGUCUAGUAAUGCUUCAUACAAAAUGUUUGAAAAU